AUGCCGUGGCUUAAACACCUCAAUCCGAUGAUCAACUGGGAAACCGGUGACUUUUGGUUUGGUAAAGACGCCAAAUGGCCACCGAAACCCACCGUCGAAGAUGCACCAGAUGAAGAAGUUUCGAUUUUCAAGGAAGAUGGACUCCCAGAGUUAAUCACCACCGAAACUUCCCCUACCUCGUUUGGGCAUUCGGAAUCUAUCAGAGAAAUCAUGGCCGAUAACACUGAGCGUGGCGAGUUACCCGCAGUGCGGAAUGAUACCGAAUCAGAUGACCCACCAUCAGAACCCCCUAUGGAUCAGCUCGAUGACGACGAUCUAGUUAUAUCCUAUAUCGCAGGAGAGCCAGUUAUUGGGAUAUUUGAACCCAUCAGAAAGGAGUCACCUUUAACGAAUGAAGAGACUGAAACCGCAGUCUUCACCAUACGAAGAGGCCCCACCAUUGGAAGAAUGACACACAGUACCCGAUCCCCAUUAUUCUGUAAUGCACAGAAUACGGUCUUUUACAAACCAUCUGGUAAAUCACAAGAAUUGGCACAACAGGCACACAAGGAAGCAUCAGCUGUAGACAAACCCAAAACCGUCGAGGAGUUGGUCCCCAACUACCUCCACGAUUUGAAGUCCGUCUUUGAAAAGAAAGCAGCUGAACGCUUUUCAGAAACCAGGCCUUGGGACCACGCCAUUGACUUGAAACCCGAUUUUAUUCCACGCGACUGUAAAGUCUAUCCGUUAUUGCUCAAGGAACAAGGAGCGAUGGAUGACUUCCUGGAAGAAAAUCUGCGAAAAGGAUACAUCCGACCGUCGAAAUCUCCCAUAGCUUCACCAUUUUUCUUCGUAGGAAAGAAAGAUGGAGCACUAUGUCCCUGUCAGGAUUACCGAUACCUGAAUGAAGGGACGGUGAAGAACGCCUAUCCUCUUCCGCUCAUCUCUGACCUUAUGGAUCAAUUCAAAGGCGCAUCGAUCUUUACGAAAAUGGAUUUACGCUCCGGAUAUAACAAUGUCAGAAUCAAAGAUGGUGACCAAUGGAAGGGCGCAUUUAAGACAAAUCGUGGACUUUUCGAACCUAUGGUCAUGUUCUUUGGACUCUGCAACUCCCCGGCGACUUUCCAAAUGAUGAUGAACGCACUCUUCAAGGACAUGAUCAAUGAGGGAUGGAUAGUCAUUUACAUGGAUGAUAUCCUCAUCUUCUCAAACGAUUUGGAAGAACAUCACGUUCGAACCCGACGCGUACUCCAACGACUCAAAGACAACGACUUAUUCCUUAAACCGGAAAAGUGUUUCUUUGACGUUAAAGAAGUCGAAUUCCUAGGCAUGAUCAUUCGAGAAAACUACAUUGGCAUGGACCCUAUCAAACUUAAAGGAAUUGCAGAAUGGCCUGAACCAAGCACGGUAAAAGGUGUUCGCUCUUUCCUAGGGUUUGGAAACUUCUAUCGGAAGUUUAUUGCCAACUUCUCGGAUAUUGCCAAACCAUUGACGAAUCUUACGCGCACUGCCGCUGGAUCUCCACCUUUUGAAUGGACAACAGAAUGUCAGACAGCUUUCGACACAUUGAAGCAACGAUUCAGUACCGCCCCAGUACUGUUACUGCCUGACAAGGCAAAACCCUUUAUUGUUGAAUCCGACGCUUCCAAGUUUGCUACGGGUGCAGUUUUACACCAAGCUGACAUCAAUGGAGACCUCCAUCCUUGUGCCUACAUUUCACAAACGCUCAAUCUAGCUGAAUGGAACUACGAAAUCUACGACUGUGAACUCCUCGGAAUCAUUCGAGCCCUCACUGAAUGGCGCCAUUAUCUUGAAGGCUCUCCCCAUCCCGUCGAAGUUCGCAGUGAUCACAAGAACCUCACGUACUUCCGUACAGCUCAGAAGUUAAACCGCCGACAAGCACAAUGGAGUCUCAAAUUAUCACAAUUUGAUCUUCACCUCAUCCAUGUCCCUGGCACUCAGAUGAUCCAAUCUGAUGCGCUAUCUCGUCGUAAUGGACUCAAUGACAGUGAAAGUGACAACGAAGAUCGCAUUCUUUUACCCAACGCACUAUUCGUGUGA